UUCUUAUAUGCAACCCUAGCUAACACCUUUGAGCUUUCUCACUUCUCAUUUCCUCUCCUUUCAUCUAAUUUUCCACAUAAUAAAAAUAAUGAGUUACUUGUAUUACUCUCCUCCGCCGCCACCACCAACACCACCUAGUUACUUGUAUUGUUCUCCGCCACCACCGCCACCAGAAGACUAUCACCAUCACCACCACCAUGUCUAUCCCCCUCCAACCGUAGUUCAACCUCCACCUUCAAACACCAAUGCUCCGCCACCACCAUUACCACCGCUACCCCCACCUCAUACUAGUCAACCUCCAUCACCAACACCGCCUCAUUCUGGUCAACCUCCGUCACCAACACCGCCUCAUUCUGGUCAACCUCCAUCACCACCAACACCGCCUCAUUCUGGUCAACCUCCAUCACCAACACCGCCUCAUUCUAGUCAACCUCCGUCAACAACACCGCCUCCUUCUGGUCAACCUCCGUCAACAACACCACCACCACAAACACCUCCGAAUAAAGCAUCUCCACCAACCCCUACCCCUUCAUCAUCUCCACCAAAACCUACACCAUCACCAUCACCACCAUUGCCACCAACACAAGGUCCAACACGACCACCGAAACAACCACCAACACCAAGCAAGGGUCCAUACUCCCCAGCGCCAACACCAAAAAGAAUCCCUCCAAAAGGAAAACCGCCAUCAAAGAGCACUGCUCCUCCUCCUUCAUCAUCAUUAGCACCAUCUCCAUCGAAAAGUUACGUUCCUCCAGGUUACGGAUCAGGUCCACUACCACCACCACCAUUUUCCAACACAAGCAAGUUAAGUCCACUCUCGCCAGCAGGAGGAGGCGGAGGAGGAGGAAGCCACCACCAUAGAACGGUGAUUGCAGUGUGCGUGUCACUGGGUGGUGCUUUCUUGCUCGGGCUGCUUGUUCUUGGUGUCUUUUGCUUGGCAAAGAAGAAAAAGAAACCGAUUCCUCCUCCACCUUCUGCUGCACACCAUCACGCCUCCCAUUAUGGUGGUGGUGGUGGUAGCGGCGGCGGCGGCGGCGGUGCUGUUGCUGGGUACUCCGGCGGGUCAUCACAACCUUGUUGAAAAUUUGCUUCAAGUUGUUUCAAGAAAUUCCCUCCUUCACGUCCAUGUUUGACUAUUUCUUGUGUUUAUCAUUUAUGUGUGGUUAAUUUUCCCUUUUUUAUUUUCUUUAUUCAUAUAAUCACUUGUACUGUGUGUUGAUAAUGCUUAUAUUCAGAAUUUUUCCAACA